AUGAUGUCUUCGAGCGGGUUUCGUCCUUUUGAUGAUCUUUCCGAGCAUUAUGAAGAUGAAUGGCUACAGUUGGGUCUAGAAGAUGAAACUUUGAAAUGUAGUAGCCCUCCUGCAACUGGAACUGUCGAUUUUGGUCUUACUGUAUCGACGAGAUCCUGUCCAUCGCCACUGAGUCAUAUCCCCACUCGCGAACCUUACCCUUCCGAGCCUCCACCCAAACUGUCUCCAGUAUCUGCGGAGCAACAGACUUUCAUCACUUUAAGCAAUAGUCGUAUUCCUUCAGUACCUCCUGGGCCUUCGCAGUCUAUUUUGCAACCUGCACCACAAGUCCAGUCAUCCGAGCUAACCAGUGUCGAAUAUGAACUAAAUCCUGAUUUGAGCGUCCUAUCGAUACCCUCCAGUUCUCCACUUCUGGUUACUAAACCAGCGGAAUUGCAGUUUACCCAGCCCUCUGUUUCAGGUCUCCAUCAAAAUGGAGAUUUUGCAUCGUUUGUACAACUGGAACAAAGGGAAAAAAGAACAGUUAUUCAAUCUCAACAGCAUCCUCCCGGAUGUGUGCAAGCUGUUAAUGGACAGUGGUUUGUACAGGCUCAAGUGCAGCAAGUUCAGACUAGUGCAGGAACAGUUAUAGCUGUAGUGCCAAAUUUUUGUCGAUCACAGGCGCAACCAGCAGGAACCAGUCAAAACCUGUCGCAAGCGCAAGUUUCGCAGUCGCAGUUGAUUGCACACCCCAUAGGAAAUGGACAGGCUGUUAACACUGCUCAACCUACUACAGUCGCUACACAACAUGUGAUGCAGAAUCAUUCGCACCAUCAGAUCCAGCAGCAGCAACCACAACAAAUCGUACAUGCUGCCCGCAUGCCCCGUUCACUUACCGUGGGCGUUGCAUCCGGUGCGCCACAACAGAGCCACUCUGUUAUGCAACAUUUAUUAUCACAACCAGCUAUUUCUCGUUCGCAAGUUCAGACAGCAGUUCAACCAGUGACUUCAGUUCCACCAACCACCAAAAAACAACGGAAUUCUCAACCUCGAAAUGGACGCAGAAAGAAUAAUAGUCAGGGUGGCACUCUGGGAUCUGUUCUGAUAAAAGCAAACAAACUUGCUGCUGCAGCAUCAACUGAUGCAUCCAUAAAUCAGUUGUUGCCUCCAUCGCAUGGGAUUGAAAUGAGGUUGAGUGUACAGAACAGCGAACAAGUGGCUAAUCUUUCUAAGGAAAUAUCGCGCUUGCAAAGUCUUCAAACUGCUUAUCAUGUUGAUCAUUCAGCAGAAAUAAAGGAGCUUGAAAAUAAGCGAGCACAGAUAUUUUUUGAAGCCCUUGCGCAGCAGCAUAAAGAUAAGGAUUUGUUGUCGGCAGUAAAUCCCAAACCGAUGACUUUGACAGCACACACUAGACAAAGGAAUCAUAAUAGGAAUAAUCACAAUAGUGGACAAUCAUCUGUAGUGGUGCAUCAAGUACAGCCUUCUACAAGCUACGAGCAGCAACAGCAACCGAAUUAUGAAGUAGCAACACCGGCAAAAGUUCCGAUUUCUUACCACAGUUCAUAUCAAAUUUCGACUAACUAUACUCCGGCUCAUGAAACCCUCCAGAGCAGUCAUUUCAAUGUUCGCAAUAACAGUCAAAUUCACCAGGUGUCGACAACGCAGUAUAGAUCAUACCGAGCAGCCGUCAACCAACCAUCAGUGCAGCAGAAUCAAGUACGGGAAAAUUAUAUGCAUACAGUGCCAAAUACUAUACCCCAAGCUGUUAUUUUGCAAACUGAACAACAUCGCUCCCAUCGUGUAGUUCGUGAGGUACCCUGUGAACCACUCCCUCCGCCGGUGCCAUUAUUUCCGCCACCAACUCUUAGAUCGUCUGCUGAAACCGCGGCGUGUAUUGCGAAGAAGAAAGUUGAAAGAACUAAAAGGAUCAACGAUUACUUUUUAUCACUCCAUAAUUCUGUAGAACAUCCAGACGUGUCAUCGCCUUUCCAUGAUCUCUCAGAUGUGCUUCAACGCCUUCUUCCCUUCCAUGUCUAUUCAGAACCUGAUUUCAAUUCAGAAAUUAUGGACACUUUUGAUUACCACUGCCUACGACAUUUUGUGCAUUUAAACAGCAGAAGACAUAUUAUCGAGCAACGGAUGCGAUCUCUACUGUGUAAAGAAGCCAUGGAGGGAUAUACUAAAGCGGAUGAGUGCCUUUUACUUUCACUUGAUACCGAACAUGAACGUCGUCUGUUGCAUGACGAAAAGCGAAUGGCAAUUGUCUGUGGCAGAGAAGAAUUCGUUGCAAAAUCUACAAUAUGCAAUCGUAUGAAUGGCAUGGAUGUAGAAGAAUAUCGAAAGGAAUUAGUACCGAAAACUAUUCCGAAAUUACACUUUGAUUAUCACACGUUCUCGGAGAGCGAAAUUGCUGCUCGUAUUGUUAGUCCAUUCACAGCGUCUGAUAUCGAAGAUUCUCCAGUUUCAAAGUCCACAGGUUCUGACGACGAAGAAAGGAUGCUUUCUGAUGUAACUGAAGAGAUGCUGAUUUUUGAAGAGACUGCAACAAUAACCAAUACAGAAAGAGAUGCAAAUGAUCACGAUAUAAAAGGAAAUGUUAUCACAAUAAAUGGAGAGAAAAACUUGACCACAAAUGACUGGGUUGACUCAAGUCCAUCACUGGAUUUACCUGAAAUCACCUGUUGCACUUCACGAAGGAGGAAAGAUUCAAUAAGCGCACACCAGGAGUCGUAUUCGCCAGUCAGUGCUGAACAAAUGUUUGUUGUAAAAAGUACAGUACCUGCUAUUAAAUCAACUGAACAAGUGGAGGCGGUCAUCGCUUUAGCACAUGCAACUACACUAAAGAGACUUUCAUCACCUGUCAUCGCAGAGGAAAAUGAGGGCAUCGAAAACUGUGUUCCGAUAGAAAAUAGCAGUAAAAUUAGUGAAGCGGAAAUAGGAAGUUGUGAAAACGAUAGUUCGCAAGUUCUGGAACGUAAAAUCGAGGGUGAAAAUUUUGAGAGACCUCCAAUUCGAAUAAAAAUCGCAUUAACUGAUGUCAGUUUGAAAAAUUGUAUGAACAAAAGCAGCAAUAAGAAAAAUAAAGAAAAGAAGAAGAAGAAGAAGAAGAAGAGGAAGCACUGUGAUCCCAUGAAGACUGAUAGUGGAGCGGUAAAUGGUUUACUGCCGAGUUGUUCGGGCUUGGAUGAUACGAGAUCGGAUGAUGCUGCUUUGCAUCGUGAUGACACAUCUCAUCCACGCAUUCUUAUGCGUAUAACGCGUAGAAAUAAUAUUGUGUCAGUGACAGAUCCGCGAACGAAUCAUAUAUCUCUACAUAUAACACCAAAAAGUGGUGUUGAUGAAGAACGAGAGCCCCCUCUGAAGGUUCCGAAAUUGAAAAUUCGGUUUGGUCGAAAUAGAGAAGAGCAUGUGGUUGAUUCCGAACGACCAACAGUGGACCAGAUAUCGAAUGGUGCACCGCACGAGAUGGAUAAAUUACAAAUAGGAUUUGGAAAGGGCGAUGAUGACCGUCUUAACCGACACAAACGAACGGCAGGAGUGGAUUAUAACCGAAAAAUGACUAUUAUUAUUCCAAAAUCUGUGAUUAAAAAUUCUUAUGUGUCAUCUUGUAACUCCGACAACUCGAUCUCAGCAGCUGUCAGUUCUAACGCACAAUUCUCACCUAAUUCAGAAUUAUCAGACGAGGAAGAAGAUGAGCAACUGCGUGCACAAGCUGAUAGCGUCAUCAGCCGUUUAAAUGACUGGGGCACGAAAAAUACUGUGACACGUCAAACUGAUGCACUUUCCCGAUUGGUUGCUAGUGGACCUUUGGUAACUCCGGUUCUGGAUCGGCUUCUUCCGAGUGAUCCAUGGUUUUUUAGUAUGGAUGUGAAAAAUCACUCAACAGUCGACUCCAAUGACACUGCUCAUUCACACAUGGCAUGGCUUGGAUCUACCGCCAGUCACUCGCAUAGUUUAAAAACCACGAUCAGCAUCAGUAAGCCGAAUUAG